AUGUCUUAUCUUGACAUCUUUAGGCUGAGUUUUGCUGCAGCAAGGGAGGGUCAUCUCCCACAGGUUCUCUCCUAUCUUCACAUCAGGAAGAAAACUCCUGUCAUCUCCCUUAUAUUCUUAGCUACAAUGGCUUUAAUCAUGAUAAUACCAGGAGAAAUAUCUUCACUAAUUGAUUUCUUCAGUUUUACUGCCUGGCUUUUCUAUGGACUGGCUUUCUUGUCGCUUAUAGUAAUGAGGUUUACAAAGAAAAACGAGCCCAGACCUUUCAAGGUUUUCAUCCUAGUACCAAUUGUAAUGCUCAUUAUCUCCAUAUAUCUGGUGGUAGCACCAAUUGUACAAAAUCCCGAUGUCCGUUUUCUCUACGCCUUUCUUUUAAUCGCUGGAGGAACUAUUUUCUAUUUCAUUUUCGUCCACUUCAAAUUCCAGCUGCCAUGCAUGAAGCCUUUUACUGAAUUUAUCCAAAAGUCUCUGUGUGUUGCUCCAUCAAAACAUGUUGCACCAGAACAGCCCAAGAGCAACAAGUCUUAAAUAGCAAAAAUUGCUGUAAAAACAAACAUUCUAUCAUUUGGAAUAAAACUUUUAUUCCAUGAAAAUUUCAGGAA